UCUUCCAGCUUCCCCUCCUCCGGCGCCGGUCCCGCGGCGGCAAUGGGGAUGGUGCGGGCGGCGUCGUUUCUGCUCCUGUUGGCGCUGCUCGCGGCGGCGGACGCAAGGAGGCAGAAGGGCGGCGAGACGGCGUGCGACAAGGGGUGGGAGUGCAGCGGCAGCAGGUUCUGCUGCAACGAGACCAUCACCGACUACUUCAAGGCCUACCAGUUCGAGGAGCUCUUCGCCAAGCGCAACAGCUCCCUCGCCCACGCCACCGGCUUCUGGGACUACCAGGCCUUCAUCACCGCCGCGGCCCUCUUCGAGCCUCGUGGGUUCGGCACCACCGGCGGCAGGGAGAUGAGCAUGAAGGAGGUCGCCGCCUUCCUCGGCCACGUCGGCGCCAAGACCUCGUGUGGAUAUAGUCUAGCUGACGGUGGUUCAUUGGCUUGGGGUCUUUGCUACAACCAUGAAAUGAGCCCAAGCCAGAGCUACUGUGACGACAGCAAUGAAUUAUACCGUUGUGCUGAAGGAGUUGAGUACUAUGGUCGAGGCGCCCUUCCUGUUUACUGGAACUACAACUAUGGUAUCAUGGGUAAGGGUAUCAAGCAGGAUCUGUUGAACCACCCAGAGUUAUUGGAACAGAAUGCCACACUAGCAUUUGAAGCAGCGAUCUGGAGGUGGAUGACUCCAAUGAAGAGGAAGCAGCCAUCAGCCCAUGAUGCCUUUGUUGGCAACUGGAAACCAACCAAGAAAGAUACUUUGUCCAAGAGGUAUCCUGGCUUCGGUGCGACAAUGAACAUUUUGUAUGGUGAUGCCAUCUGUGGUAAAGGGUCCAUUGAUAAUAUGAAUGGCAUUAUAUCCCACUAUCAACAUUAUCUUGAUUUGAUGGGAGUUGGUGCUCAGCACUCUGGAGAUAACUUGGAUUGUGCCGACCAAGUGCCAUUCAAUCCAUCAUCAAAGAGUCCCGACUCAUAAGAAAGCUGCAUGCCAGAUCCAUGUAUAUUUCCCUGUAAAUUUGAGGCGCAGCUAUCUUGCAUCGGUAACGCUAGAAGUAUUGUAUGCGAAUCUAUAUGAUAGUAUUUAUUAGUAGCUCUGAGGACGACUGUUGCGUUUGUGUAGCCUGUAACCUAUUUAUGUAAGCCCGUAACCUUCUCUCAUUAUGUGUUUUUGCCAUGUAUAUUACAGCAGAGAACUCGCAUUUGAACA